CAGGGGAGGUACGCACGUACCUUAGCUUAGUACCUGGCAGGAGCGCCAGAGGCUCCUACCCUGGUCCUGUCCUCAUGCAGCUCCUUCUCUCCUCCUCUCCACCUCAUCUCAUCUUUUUGUUUCUGUGCCGCCGUCUCCUUAACUUUCUCUUCUUCAUCCAUCAUCUUCCUCCUGUUCUCGCCUUGUCCUGCCGUUGCCCACCUCACCUCGCUUCUCCUUGCCUUGUCUCAGGACGCUCUCCAUCUCGUCAAUAUACGACGCAUUCGCCCGCCGUAGUUUGGGGCACGCCGCGCGCAUUGAAUGUAAAGAAGGGCGGGUUACAUCCGGCGAGAGCGUCCUAUCUCGUCCUAUUCUGCGGUGCGUUGCCUUGGCCCGGUCCAGGAUCACGAGGUGUACGAAGUACUGUGUGCGGAUACAUCAUACUCCUGUGCCUACUCCUGCGCACAGAAGACCGCCGAAAUACCUCGCCUUCGCUGAAUUUCAGUUUCCCUAUCGAGCUUUCGUCUCAGUCGUAGUCUCGGUUGCUCACAGCAUCUUGGUACCCGGAACGCCUGACCGGGCCGGUGUGUGUUUCCGCUGGCUUCGUCACACAGAUAUCCUUACUGACAUGCCCAUGAACCAGGGUUAGGUAGGAAGGAGGCAUCUCAUCUACCAAGUACUCCAUAUCUCUCUCUCUCUCUCUCCGUCUUUGCCCACACUCACAAUGGAAGGUUGACGUUAGUCUCCGCCGUUACGCUAACGUAGCGUGGCGUUGCAUUGGCCCAAGCUUGAUGGCAAGGUGUCUCGUUUUCUCCACGUCAGUCUGCCCUACCGCUA